AUUUUUUUAGACCUUGUCCUUGUUCGUCGUCCGUUUCUACGGUGGCUGUUUUAUUUGAACAGUGUUAGUGUUUUUAAGCUAGCAGAUGGUUAUGGCUCCAAAGGGAAACAGUAAAGCCAUAACCAAGAGUUGUCCUUCGUGUUCCAAACAUGUAAUAUGUGACUUAACUUAAGAAUAAAAAAUGUCUUGUUUUCAAUAUGUUGUGGCAGUGGCCUGUAAAAACUGUCCUUGUGGUCACAUAUUUUUUGUGGCUAGAAGAUCUUCUGCAUUGGUGUCUAAAAUGAAAGAAGAAGCUGAUCGAACAACUAGAGUCAGCCCACCCCCACCACCUGAUCCAUCAACUUCAUCAAGAUUUCAGCCCGGUAUUAGACGAACAGAAAGGGUUAAAAGAGAUAAACCAGACUUCUACAAUGCUUCAGAAUAUGACAAACAAAGAAAGCCAAAAUCUUCUAGACAACGACUAGCAGCAAGUGUCAGCGAAGAUAGGGAUGACCUUUUGGGUGAUGAAUCGGACCAGGCAGCUGGAAACAAACGAGGCAGAGGAAGGCGCAGAAGGAAGAGGAACCUUGCUGGGGAAUUAAUUGAUGAGAAGAAGAUAGAAGAUGAUGAAGCAGGUCCAGUUGUCCCUGCUCAUAAACAAUUAUGCUUGGGCAUUAAUCUUUCUGAAAUAAAUCGUAAACUUAUAGCAGUCAACCCCAUUUUUUGAUUCCAUUUUCAUAUAAAAUGAAUGAAUGUUUGGACCAUUUAAAUAAACAAUAAAAUUUUGAUAUUUUCUAACA